UCUGAAAAAAAAAACUUUUAAAGUUAGAGGAAACUUGAUAAAAUGGUAACUUGCUGGAACAGCAAAAUCAAUGUGACAGCAUAAUUAAAAUACACAUAUAUAUUUAGGACACAUUAAACACAAAUUCAAUUCAGAUUAAAAAAAUCAGAUAAAAGGCAAAGAUAAAGGGUGAGAAGUUACAGUGCAGAAGGUGCAGCAUUCAUAGGCUAAUGAAUGCAUGAAUGUGAGGAAAAAAAGAAAGAUUAGUCUUUUUUUUGCCAAUUUACCGAUAAAGGAUUGAAAACAAUACUGUAAGCAUAGCUAAAAGAACAAAAGUGGCUGCUGCAACUGGGACUUGAACCAGUGUGAGGUCAUUGCAAGACAGCAUGCCAGGUAAUUACUCUAAACACUGGGCUGCCUAGUCUCUUACAGGUAGUUGGUCGCCUAACACACGUAUCCUGUGCUGACCGUUGCGUGUGUUUUUGUAGACAGGACUCGUGGUUUUUGCGGAGGCGUUUUGUCCCCAAUGCAGAAGUAAUUUGUCAGAAUAUCCACUCUGGUACCGGUGGAGGCGUAAAGCAGUCAUCUGUCACAUCAAAAUCAGGAGGAGCAAUGCCUGAUGACGCACUUGGUUUCCUUUGAGGCUUUUCCAAAACAUCUGAAAACUUGCAGCUGAGACUGGAAAAUGCAUGACUGCAGCCAGAAACGGGUUUGGGGUAUUUUUCAUGAGAAAAUUGUAUCACAUGCACUCCAAAAAGUGGAUUUUCUAUUAUAUUUUAGCAAAAGCACGAGUUACAUCCACAGUACCUGGAGUUUACUUUGUUAACACAAAAUAAUUUCAAAACAAAAGCGUACUAAUCCUUGACCUUGUUUGCUGGGGGCUACAAUUCUUCUCCUCCCUUGGAAUUUAGAUUUAAAAAGUGCUGCUUCGAGUGCCAGAAGAAGCAGAGCUGAUUGUAUCUGUGCAUAAACAAACCUUUGGCGCUCCAUUAUUAACAUUCAAGGUAAACACCGUUACUGUCCUCUGAGUCGCUCUCGCACGGCGAAGAAGCAAUGUGGUUCAAGGUUCAAGCAGGACCUCGGAGAGAGUUUCUAUCAAAUAUUUGCUCUGGCGGACGCAGGCUGAAGAGGGGAACACACUGACAGCAAGGCUUUGUCACUCAAACAACAUCUGGCCAUGGUGGGUCUCUAAGCAACUGCAUGAGUGGAGGAGAAGGAAAAAGCACAUACCUAAUGACGCCUGGUUGGAACCUGUCUCAUGUCUGUCGCAGGGAAUUAAAAAAAUGUUCAAGUGGAGCGGGGUUUCAGUCAAGAGGGGCUCUCUUCAUCUAGACCCACGGUGUGUUUUUGUUGAUGAGGUUACUGCAGGGUGGUGAGGUGGAGAGAAGAUGGGACAUGAAAGAGGUUGUCUAUCUAUGGUUAAAUUGGGGCUUUUCAUUGUUUUCAGUGAAAUUAAUUAAUUAAAUUUAAGAAUGAGUUAUAAGAUAAGAGUUUUCUCUGAAUUCCUCCCUUUGAGUGUUUGUUUUGGUUACUUUAAAAAUUACUUUAGUUGUUGUGUUCUUGGAAAUUAUCUGAUGCCCCCAGCUGAAGGUUCCACCUGAAACCUUCAAACCAGCUUUUUUGCAUCGCCAAGUUCAAGAACUUCCAAGGACCAUAUAAGAGCAGAUAUUUUCAGAAUUCUCGCAACUUGAGUUCCCUAUAGGGAUGUUUCCUGUUCUACUCUUAGCAACUUAUUGAACCAAUACCUAAACAUUAGUGGGAUCAAAUCAGCGUGAAGGUGUUCUAGAGGUCACAUUUAGGACUCUUAGGGGUGAGAAUAAUGCAAGAAUCUCCCAAACGUUAGAGCACACUUCCAGCUGAUGGUGAUUCUUGUGGCUUGAACCCUUCUGCUGGCUGUCAUAUCAUGGGCUCAGCCUCUGAUGUCACUGAAUGAGCAGUGCGGGCUUCCAGUGCGCACCUUCGGGCGCGCAGCGGUGGCACAAGCUGCGAAUUUUCCCUCCUCCUUCACUCCUUACCCAGAAACCAGCUGUUCCUGCUAAAUUUCUCUGUUUCCACUUUCAUUUUUGUGGUUGUGCGCCUUAAAAACGUCUCUCCACCGCGCUUGAGUUCUUUGAAUGGACUUUUUGAAAAUACUUUCGAAUUAAAAGAGGUGAGAUGCAUUAGUUAAUGUCACUGUGUGUCUUUUGCGCUUCGUUUUUCCUUUGCAACAAACGUAACUUUUAUUUUGUCAGAUUGUCGGCUGUAUUUUUUGGGGGGGAAGGUGAAGUUGAGCGGUCAGUGCGCGCUCCGCAGCAGCGGCGGCGGGAGGAGCAGCGGUGUUCAGCACCAUGGAGAGCGGCGUGGUGCACAUCUUCAAAGAGGACCGGUGUCCUUCGGGUCAGUCCGGUGAGUGCGUGCCGAACUUCACUUGGCAGCCUGGCUUAUCUGACGUCUUCAACUACACUCCGAACGGGACCUGGGACUCCGAGCCCGAGCCUAUGUCGCCCAUCAUCCCCAUCAUAGUCGCAGUGUACUCGGUGGUGUUCGUGGUGGGCUUGGUGGGUAAUUGUUUGGUGAUGUAUGUCAUCAUCAGAUACACCAAAAUGAAAACAGCCACUAACAUCUACAUCUUCAACCUGGCUGUGGCUGAUGCGCUGGUCACCACCACCAUGCCUUUCCAGAGCACCGACUACCUGCUCAGCUCCUGGCCAUUUGGCGAGGUGGCGUGCAAGGUCUUCAUUUCUAUCGAUUACUACAACAUGUUCACCAGCAUCUUCACCUUGACCAUGAUGAGCGUGGAUCGCUACGUGGCUGUGUGCCACCCAGUCAAGGCGCUGGACUUCCGCACACCUGUGAAAGCCAAAAUCAUAAAUGUGAUCAUCUGGGUGCUGUCGUCAGCUGCUGGGAUACCUGCCAUGGUGCUGGGAAGCACCAACACCAAUAACGGUACCACAGAAUGUGCUUUGCAGUUUCCCGACCCCUACGCCUACUGGGACACCUUGAUGAAGAUUUGCGUCUUCAUCUUUGCCUUUGUGGCGCCCCUUAUCAUCAUCUCGGUCUGCUACACGCUGAUGGUCCUGCGACUGAAAAGUGUACGCCUACUCUCUGGCUCCCGUGAGAAGGACCGCAACCUCCGUCGGAUCACCCGCCUGGUGCUGGUGGUGGUGGCGGUGUUUGUGGUCUGCUGGACGCCCAUCCACAUCUUCAUCCUGGUCAAAGCGCUGUCCUCCCAUGUGCCCGAGACCACCGCUGUCAUGGCGGCCUACUUCUUCUGUGUGGCGUUGGGCUACACCAACAGCAGCCUCAACCCCAUCCUCUAUGCUUUCCUGGAUGAGAACUUUAAACGCUGCUUCAGGGACUUCUGCUGCCCCGGAGGGCGUGGACACGUGGACUGUCAGGGGGUGAGCAGGGUGAGAAGCACACUGAGAGAUCACACCUGCCCCACCGAAGGUCGUGGGGACAUGAGACAACCUAGGCCGGUAUGACUAGCCAUGAACAUGUCCUCCAUGGCUUAUCAAAGCUGGGAGGACUCCAUUGAUCUGUGUUUGACUCAAAUCACCACAACGAUUUGAGUCAGAUUGCCUAGUUUCGAUAAAUCCCAGGAAAUGACCAAAACCAACGAUUUGAGUCAGAUUGCCUAGUUUCGAUAAAUCCCAGGAAAUGACCAAAACCAACAAUGAUUUAUUGACCGUUUUAACUCUAGAAUAAUUUGAUCGUCAUGUAGCUGUGGGUUAAUGCUCUAAAGCAGGGGUCCAGGCGGGCCGGUGUCCAACAUGUUUUAGUUGAUUCAGUGGUUCAAUCACCUGCUCAGCAGCUCAUCAAACUCUGCAGAAGCUGCUGAAGCAAAUCAUCUGUGUUGAAGUAGGAAAACAUCUAAAACAUGCAGGAUACCAUCCCUCCUGGACCAGGAGUUGGCACCCCUCUAAAGGUACAGUGCCUACAUAUAUAGACUUUUUAAUCAGACAAAUAGCAGUUUUAAACAGUGAUCUAUUAUGUUUUAUUAACAGAUAUUAAUUGAUUAAUAAUAGAAUAACAGACGUACAGAGAUCAUCCUUCUAAUAAACUCCCAUGUGGCUUAACAUUUUAUCCGCCACCAAAGCCUUACAUUAAUGUUUUCAGUCCUACUCAUAUUGUAAAACCACCAUGUUUUUGCUACAACUACACAUAAUUGGCUUUUCUGAUAGCACAGCUGUGGAUCAGUGGGUACAGCAAUCAGCUGCCAAUCAGAAGGUUAGUAGCUCAAUCCCCGACUUUGCCCCCCAUAAGGUGUCCUUGGGCCAGACAUUGAAUAUGUGUGGGAGUUGAAUGUGUAUAAAGCAUUUUAAAAGGUCUGGAAAACCAGAAAUGUGUCCUACAAAACAGUUAAUUUAACAUCUAAUAGUCUGCAGUUUAGUUUAGUUUGUAAUAUUACAACAAUUAUUGAAUUUACAGUGUGACAGUGAUAGAAAUAAAGUGCACGUUAAUUAUAUAUAUGUUUGAGAUAUAAAAAUUAAGUAUUGCACUUUGCACUUUACUGCAUGAUGAUAUCCGUGUGAUAACAGUCGUUGGCCUCCUUAAAUGUUGUUGUUUACAAAAUUGGUUUGUGAUGCUAAAGAAAAAUGAAACAAUAGAAAUUGUCGCUAAACUAACGCUAGAAUUUUUUUUAAGUUUCAGCUAGAGCUUUAACGUUGACCCAGUAAUGGUUGAGUGAGAAACUUUACCAGUUUCAUAACUGAAACCAUUCUGCUGACCAAAUACUGCACUUUACCUGCUUAAUGCGUGUUGGCUGUAAGGCUAGCAGUUAGCCUUUUCAGUUCACUGACUGUCAAUAAAAAGCAGAAGAUAAAGUAAAACGUGAAGUUAGCUUUUUCUGUUGGCAUAAUGGUGGAGCCUGGAAGUAAACAUAAGAGAGUAAAUUCUUUGGAGGUGAAGCCAAGAGCUAAAACCAGAGUGAACAUUGAUGCGGCCAAUGCUAGUUUACGGGAGCUUAAGGAGGCUACAAAAUCAUGGACAGGUGGUGACCUGGCUUUGUUGCUGCUGGACUUGUAAGGAUAAAAAAUGUUUGUCCAUCAGUGUGGAUCUUUUUACUUUGUGAUUUAUUGUAGUAUUAGUUGACUCAUGUUAGUGUUAGCUUGGUGUUAGUGCUAGCGAGAGCAGGCUGCAGCAGGGUUGUUUAGGACAGUUGUAAUUCCAUUUUCAACCAGCAGGGAGUAGGAGCAAGAAACUUCUCUGUGUUCCUUUACCUUACCCCUAAAGAUAAGAAAGAUUUAAGAAGUUUAAUCUAAGGUUAAGUUAUCACAUUUAUCUGUAUUAAUUAAAAAUAACACAAAAUAAUUUCAAUAAAAUAUUAAUGCAUACCAACAAAUUUAAGCCAGCAUUUCACUUAUUUCCUUAAACAUAAACAGUGUUAAAUAUUAGAGUAUUCAUGACAUAUCACUAAAAUUUCACCAAAAUUUUAUUAAUUAAAAUGUUUAAAAAAAAGACAGACUAACAUUGUUGGUUUAGUUCUUUUUGUGGGAUCAGUUUGUAUUAAAUAAACAUUUAGUUACAUUUAAUUUAAUUAGUCAAUUUCAUGGCUGUGAGAUAUUUCAGUGUAAAUAUGACUUUACGAGAAGAUAAGAAGAUCCUAAAUGUUUGUAUAUAAUUUCAUAUUUUAGGAAGCUGGACGUGAAGAUCAUCAUGUUGACUAAAACAAACAAGUUUUUUUGUUUGUUUGUCUGACCUGUGUAUUACCUGAGAGGCUGUCACACUAAGGUAAAUUAUUUUUGUUCUCGUGCACAAAAGAUCAACUGCAGCUUCAGGCAAAGGAAUGAAAAAAAUGUCCCUAAGGAUUUAUUUAAAAGACUUGCAUUUUAACUCCAUUAAGCAUUUUUACAUGCUGCUGUGUAUUUGCUCUUUAAAAAGGUAGAAUAUCCAAGCCCCUCUCAGGGAUUAUUCUCUGUGAAUUGCAGCUGAAUUACAGGAGGGAAUUUUUUUAUGAUUGGAUGGUCAGAGCCAGCCCAAGGCAGAUGAGAAUUAAGCAACUGCUUUGGGCUCCCACACCACCAGGGGGCCCCCCAAGCACACCAAGAUGACGUGAGGAAAAAAGGUUUUAAUGACUUCAAAUAAUAGGGAGUCAUUCUCCUCCCUGUGCGGUCGACUCAUGGGUCCCCGGAAGAUCAAAAAAAAUGAGUGCAAGUCAACGGGGCUAAAAGAGCUAUUUUCUAAUCUGUGUUGCUUUAGACCCUGGAUCACACAUGUCAUACUUAUAUUUAAAUGAAAAGUAAUUAUCUGUGUUUCCACCAGGCCAGUCUCAUACUUUGAGAUUUAUCAUCUUGUAAAAGUUUGUAAUUAGCAUGACUACAAAUCCGACAUCGGCACGUCACAUAUAUGACAUCACCACAGAAUCUCCUCUCCUCUAGCGUAGCUGCUAUUUACCAAAUGGCCGAAUUUAUAGUCGUUCUUUCCUCCUGAAGGAAGGAUUUGAAGUUCGCUGAACUUACAGCCCUUUUCCCUCUGUUCUGCUUCAUGUCUGGUUCGAUGACGUCAUUAUGGUGAGACGAGCAUUUGUAGUUCUACAUGUCUUUUCACACAAAACCUAAAAUAGCAAAAAUCAGCGCUUUCUUCUCGGGCAUCAUACAUGAAAUCCAUGGCACAUAAUAAGCAGAGUUAGAAAACAGCAUUUUUAGCUCCAUUGACUUGUGUUAAUUUUUUCAUUCUUCCAGGGGCCCAUGGUCUGGAAGUAGAUGGGCGUGACAGACUCCCUUUACCAGCUAAAUAAUAUUUCCCAUUAAAAAACGAUUUAUAUGUAUUCAUUUUCUGUAGCGUCAUUUGGUUUUAUUUUCUAGUGCAGAACAUUUUACAUAUUUCAAAUUUUAACUCUGAAACUACACGGGCAGAGGGCUCCAAGGUUAAAGCCAUUGUGGCAAUAACAAGCAUGUAUUAUAAGAUGUAUCUAAGCAGCUUGUCUCAAUGUUAAAUCCGUAACUGUACAUUUAUGCUCAUUAUUCUGGCUUUCAUGCUGAAAAUACUGCUUUGUGACAGCAGAUGAAGUCCAGCUAUCUACGUAAUGUUUGGCUGCAUUUUCAGAUGAAAAUUGCUGUUUUGGUGACAAAAUUUGAAUUUACACAACUUCAAUGUAAAUGUUUACUCUUGCAAAAUAAAUGUGACUUUUUUUUCUGAAAACUGUAAAAUCAGUGACCAGUUCAACUGGAUUUGUUGAAAUAAACUUUAAAAUUUGGUUGAGUUUACAUAUUUAUCUGCUUAAAUCUGAUGUUAACUCAGUAGUUAGAGCUCAAAGGUGUUCUUGUGCCUUGUUUGUGUGCCUUCCAUAUAUUCAGCAAUUAGCCACAGCCAUUUUGAAUGUUUUUGGGUAUUCGCUUCAAAGUGUGUAAGGUUGUUUCAGCAAAAUAUCAAAGCCUCUGUGAGGAUAUUCCACUUAGCUUGCGUCAUAUUUAGUACCAUAAUAUUUUAACUUAAUCAUGAACAAAAUAUCUGCUAAAAACUCAGUUUUGACCCACACUGUGUGUGUGUGUGUGUGUGUGUGUGUGUGUGUGUGUGUGUGUGUGUGUGUGUGUGUGUGUGUGUGUGUGUGUGUGUGUGUGUGUGUGUGUGUGUGUGUGUGCGUGUGCUCCUGAACCUCUUUCAUAUUUUAAUGUAUCUGGAUGUCAAUGAAUGCUUCAUAAACGUACAACUGAGUCACAAUAAAAAGCUGCAAAACUUGUAAAUUGGUUGCUUUAUCAGCCAGACAGCACAGAGGAUUUCAUUUCAGCUCCAUUCUUAAUCAUAUCCACGAGAGUUCCAAUAAGAGAAGUGCAUUUUGCAAAUCAGCCAUGAAAUUGUAACCCACCUCACCGCAGAUUCUGUUUUUCGUCUCCUUUUAUAACAGCGUUUCCAUGGUGAGGGUCUUGAAUGAACAGCAGAUGUCCAAGGCUCGUUGUACAAAUUGUAAAACAUUUGGCCUUGCAGAGGAAUUUGCAAUGAAGGAACGAGCUCAAGGUUAUGUAAAAUAACUUUUACCGAGACGUUACCGACUCAACAACAGGUGUUUCUGCUGGCACCACAGAAACACACGUACUAUCAGCCAGAUUUUGUACGUUUGAUUCUUCUCAAACACUUGAACUGUAAUUUAUUUCUGCUCAAUGGAAGGAAAAAUUAAAGAGCUUCUUUACUUUCCAAACCCUCUGUUCUGCUGUAUUUAUAUAUUUACAAUAUUUGAAAACUCAGAUGACAGUGUCACAAUAUUUAAAUCAUUUCUUGUUGCAAUCUCCAAUAAUAAGAACCGAUGGUGUAUGAAAACAGAAAAAAAACUACUUUUACCUCUACAACUGCAGGAUUUUUUUUACUUGUUUUAUCCUCUAAUUUGCAUAUUUCACAGCAUUCUAGCUUGCAUAGCAUGGUCUCAGUUUUGGAUGUGCAUGCUGUGUUUGUCUACCAUCAUGACUCCAUAUAAAGUGGCUAAAACUGGUUGUGGGUCUCAAUAAUAAGGAAAGUAAUUGAAUACAGCUGUGGCUGGUUCAAUAAACAAACAGAACAGGGAAAAUAACUGGACAGAGCAUCUUUAGGAACAAGGGACAGAAUCUUUUUCACAAAGGUGGAAAUAUUUGACAGUUACAUGAAGAAAUGUUUAUCUUCUGCUCCCAUAGAGUGCAUGUAAUCUACCAAUACUUAAGUGUAGUGAAGGACUCCGCUAAUGCCACCUCAUUUUAGCUCAAGGUCUUUAAAGGUCAACUUUACUCAUAUUUUAUAUACAUUUGCAGUGGUCUCUAGUAUGCCUUGUAUGUUGUCCUGUGGGAGAAAAAGCUCAGAUGCUCCUGUUAGAGGAUGUAGAAGUCAGCUAGAGGAGGGAGUGGCAGAAGACGUCAAGAUUUGGAGUCUUAUUUCCUGAUAUUUGGACAUCUCGCUCUGAUUGGCUAACAGCAACGCAACUCUACCACCAUCUUUGCAACAUGUUUUAGCUCCUCAAAUAACACAAGCCUGAAGGAGUUCCUCCAUGUUGUGGAAAAAUCAACAACAGCCUUCAAGAUGGGUGAGUCCUUGAAUGUUAAGUGACAGCGAGAGGUCGAUUCGUCAGGAUUUUCAAAACCGACCAUUUUCCCAUCUAUUUUCUAUCAGAAGGUAAUGCAGGAAAUAGGGGUAGGAGACUAUUUUCAUGUUCAGAAAUACUCAGUGACUGAUCAUUUUCAAAAGUAAUAAAUAAAACGGAACCUGCUCUUUAAAAUGUAUUUUGUGUGUUUGCUAAAGUUGAUCAGCUUUGGCUGAGGUUGACUCUGAAAGUUAUUCUGCUGUACAUCAGACUUUCUGACAGUUUCACAUCUAUUCAGAGGUUUACGAGAUAUACUGCAAAUAGACAAUUAUGGAAGUGGAUAAAAUUUCUUAUUAUUUUACUUAUUUUUUAUUUUCCUUACUUGGUUUUGUUUUGUUGCUUCUUUUUGUUUGGUUAUCCUAUUCGGAUAAACAGGAGGGAAUGUUAUGGAAACAUUUAUGUUUAUUAAUUCUUGAUCAUGGACUCAGUCAGCUGAAUGUAAAUGUGUUGCUCUGUGCCUCUUUGC